ACGUCGUUUAGUUUUAAGAAGAAGAACAACAUGAAAGAAAAAAACGUGAAUCCGCAUCGCUUUCCGAAUCCUCUUGUUCAUCUUUGUUCAAUCUUCAUUCUCAAAUCCAAUCCACAAAUCGCGUUAGGGUUUCCACUUUCCCACACUUCAACUUCUCGUUUCAUCACAAACUCACCUCUUCCCCUUCAAUCAACAACUCACCAAACCCAACGAUGCAACGCAACUUCACAAUUCCUCCGUAAUUUCGCCGUAACGGUGUUUUCCUCGUCGGAGAAUACUUCCGAACUUCACCUCAUCGCUUGAACGAUGUUGCAGUUUCAUUCUCAAGGAGCUUCUAAACAGACUUGUACUGUUCUUGCUGUUACUUCUGAUACACGUUCUGUUGAGCAGAAGCUUCCACUGAAUCAUAGAAAGUAUCCUUUCCCUGAGUUGGUUUCUUCGGGGCGUCUUGAGGUGCAAACUCUAUGCAAUCCGGAAAAGGAACAAUUUCGUAAAGUUCUUGAAUCGUGUCAGCCGAGUUUUGUUUACUUACAAGGAGAGAAGUUAGUGAACGAGGAAGUUGGUCUAUUGGUUUGGCAAGGUGUGGAAUUAUCCACUCCUGAAGAUGUAUCAGAGCUCUUUGGUACCACAUUGCCGACAGUUGUUUAUUUAGAAAUCCCCAAUGGAGAAAGUUUUGCAGAGGCCCUUCAUCUUAAGGGAAUCCCAUAUGUUGUAUUUUGGAAGAAUGCUUUUUCUCGAUAUGCUGCCUGCCAUUUUCGUCAAGCAUUUUUUUCAGUGGUGCAGAGUUCAUGUACACAUACAUGGGAUGCUUUCCACCUUGCACAUGCUUCUUUCAAACUUUACUGUGUUCAAAAUAACCAAGUACUUCCUACUGAUAGCGAUGAUGCUGAUAGUGAUAUGGGGCCACACCUUCUUGGUGACUGUCUCAAAAUCAAUGUUGACCCUCCAGAGAUGGGUGAAGAAGAAGAAGAAGACGAUGACGAUGAUGAAGAAAGUUCCUCCGGCAGUCUUCCUUCUAUACAGAUUCAUGAUGAUGAAAUGAACUUGAGAUUUCUUAUCUGUGGUGCACCUUCCACUGUUGAUGAGUCAUUGCUGAGAUGUUUGGAGGAUGGACUAAGAACUCUUUUAACUAUUGAAAUACGCGGUUGCAAGCUCCAUGGCAAGUAUAGCGCCCCUCCACCGCCUCUUCAGGCAGCUUCUUUUUCACGUGGAGUUGUGACCAUGCGAUGUGAUAUAUCAACCUGCAGUUCUGCACAUAUCUCACUUCUAGUAUCUGGCAGUGCACAAGCCUGUUUUAAUGAUCAGCUCUUGGAGAAUCAUAUAAAAAAUGAGAUAAUUGAGAAGAGUCAAAUAGUUCACGCACAACUCAACAACGAAGUAAACAAACAUAUUAUCUCCGAACCUCGCAGAUCUGCUUCAAUAGCUUGUGGAGCAACUAUAUUUGAAAUUACCAUGAGGCUUCCUCAAUGGGCUUUGCAGAUUUUGCGACAGCUAGCACCUGAUGUUUCUUAUCGAAGUUUAGUUGCACUUGGCAUUGCUAGUAUUCAAGGGUUGCCUGUUGCUUCUUUUGAGAAAGAUGAUGCGGAGCGCUUACUUUUCUUCUAUCAAAGCUCUGAGAAAGAUGAAUGUGCAAAUGGAAAUAUAGUUUUCAGCAGCCCCCCCAUUUGGUUGAAACCUCCCCUUCCUACAAGAAAGAGAUGCGAAUUAAGCCAAGGGGCUAGCCAUGACAUACACGAUGGGGUCUUUGCAGGGCAGGGUGCUGUUAAUAAAGUAGAUGGAGAGGAAAAGGAUAGAAAAAUGGUGAAUGGGAUUAGUACACCAUUAACUCCAGCUAGGCAGAGAUUAAAAGUAUCUGCUAUGAGGCCAAUUCCUCAUGUUCGUCGCCAUAGAAUGACACCUUUUUGUGGACCUUCUGAGAUAGAUAGUUUCGGUGGUGCCCAUGUUGAAGCUAAUGUGCCACUUAUUCCUAUGAAGCGCAGUAGUGUUGGAACAUCAUCCACGGCCCAUAGAAAAUCAUUUUCAAGCUCAGCUCAUUCUAAGCAGGUUAUUUCAUUGAAUCCAUUACCAUUGAAGAAACACGGUUGUAGCAGAGGCCCAGUACAGACUUGCUCUGAGGAUGAAUUUAUUAAAGAUGUCAUGGAGUUUCUGAUUCUCCGAGGGCAUAGCCGACUGAUUCCACAAGGAGGGCUUUCCGAGUUCCCUGACGCCAUUCUGAAUGGAAAGCGCCUUGAUCUCUACAACCUAUAUAAAGAGGUGGUCACAAGGGGAGGAUUUCAUGUUGGCAAUGGCAUCAACUGGAAGGGGCAAAUAUUUUCAAAGAUGGGAAAUUACACAUCAACCAAUAGAAUGACGGGAGUUGGAAAUACACUCAAAAGACAUUAUGAAACCUACCUUUUAGAAUAUGAAUUAGCACACGAUGAUGUGGAUGGAGAAUGCUGCUUGUUGUGUCACAGUAGUGCUGCUGGGGAUUGGGUGAAUUGUGGCAUAUGUGGUGAGUGGGCUCAUUUCGGCUGUGACAGAAGGCAGGGUCUUGGCGCAUUUAAGGAUUAUGCAAAAACAGAUGGGUUGGAAUAUAUAUGUCCUCAUUGUAGUAUUACAAAUUUCAAGAAGAAACAACAUGUUGCUAAUGGAUAUUCGCAAGGGUCAAUGUCAUCAAGACCCCUUUGAUAUAGUUUCCUCCACCCCUUUUGGAGUAGUGGCCAGCUAGUUUGUCCCUUUGUUGAUUGAUAUGUAUUCUCUGUUUUAGAUAGAUUAAUUAGUGAAAUAUAUAGGAUAAAAAAGAAGAGAGAAUUAGGUUUGAUUCACACGUGUCAUUAGAAGUAGGCUUUUUUCUUCCCCUUCAACCUCUGUUCUUUGAUUAAGGGGGACAAAUAUCCUAAUUGAGAUUAUGGAACUCCUUACCAAUUUGGACUAUGAUCAAGCUCUCCAUUACCAGCAGUGAAUUGAAGUUUACUUUCUUCCCACUGUCCUACUGUAUCGAAAGGUAAAUGUAUAGUAUUAGGCACUGAGUAUGUUUAUAUGAUUUAAUCUAAUAGAUCAUUUUUAA